AGAGAGUGUUUGAGGGAAAAGAGGAAAGCCUUCAGUAGAAUGGAUAUGUGCCCUCACUCCUCCACCCUUGCUUCUCCUCUCUCCUCUUCCUCCUCUCUCUGGCUCUCUUCGCCCUCCUGGGUACCCUCACUGCUGGUCCUCAGGGUAACUGGAGUCUCGUCGGGUGGACAGGCGGCUGAAAAUUGAACUUCGAUGUCAGCUGGAGAUCAGAAGAAUGGUGGUGACAAAGCUGAAGUUCCUGGGUGUUCCAGCUGGGCGGGUGGGGCUGCAGCUGUGGGUGGAGCGGGUGAGGCCAGAGACUCCACCCAGCACCGCAGCAGCCAUGUCCUCAGAGGAAGUCCUGCAGGUGCAGAGCGACACCAUCACUGCUAUUAACCAGGAGAACAAGGAGCUGCAGGAGAUAAAGGCCGUCUGGAGGGAAACUGAGACACCACUAAAAAACUCUGUGCCCGAGGUGUGGCCAGAGGUGGAGAGGGCUGAGUGUUUGGCCCGCGGUGCUGCCCUGAAGUGGGCGUCAGGUGUUUUCUGUCGCCCUGAACACCUGGAGCGACUAAGCCACUACAAGAAGAGAGAAAGUCAGAGGACCGCCUCCGUUCACACCAGACUGAAGGCGAUGGUGCAGUCCUACCUGGAGGGGGUGGGCUGGGGUCUGGAGCAUCUCCGGGAGUCCAGAGCCGAGCUGAAGGAGGCGUCUCACACUUUGAAGAAAGCAGGACUGGAGUCGGAUGGAAACACAGAGGGCAUGAAGUCUCUGGAGAGGCUGAGGGAGGUGUCGGUGAACCACCAUCAGCUCCUCGCUGCCGUCAGUAACCUGCCACGACUUUACUCAGUUGGUAGCAUGGUGUUGGAGACAGAGCGAUUGGUGGAGUCCCGGCGGCUCCUGGAGGCCCACGCCCGGCUGAUGGAUCUGGAGCACUGGCAGGACGACAUCCUCUGGCAGCUUCACGGGGCUGCUGGGACGACAGAAAGUGGACUCAGCGCCGAAGACCAGGAACUGGUGGCCAAGUAUUUCUCUGGAGUCGGGCAGCUGGUGGACGCCCUGGGAAAGGAGCUGUGGGCGGUGGUGAGCAGCGCUCUGGCCCUGGCCCAGCAGAACCCCACGCCGUUUGUGUCAGCCGUCAGGAUCGUAGAGCGGGAGGAGGCUCUGGACCGAGCCCUGCUGGCAGAGAGAGGUCGUCCCGGAGGCAGCAGCAGGCCCCUGCCUGCUGGACGACCUCGCUGUUGGAGAGCACGUUUCUUCCAGGUACUAGAGGAGGCGGUGUCUGCACGCUUUCGCAGCGUUUCCUACCUGCACACGCGAGGUCCAGGUCUGGCGGGUCACCUGUCGGCUCUGCAGCACGGCAUCAUGGCUGACCUGGACACCGUACGCCACCUGCUGGAGCACUGCGUCCCACCGUACUACCAGCUGACCGGAGCCUACCUUAGGGCCAGCCACCGCUGCUUACGCACUCACCUGGCACAGGUUAGCAGCUGGGACCUGGAGAGCGGUGAAAUCUUUGCUGUGCUUAACUGGGUGUUGCACGUCUACAACAGCCCGGACAUGAUGGGCCACCCCGACAUGCUGGCGGAGCUGCAGAGUGCCGACCUGGGACCGCUCAUCUCCACCGAAGGGCUGGAACAGCUGCAGAGUAGAUACGUGCAGAGUGUUCGGAAGAGUGUAUCAGAGUGGAUGCACAAAGCACUGCAGGUGGAGCUCCAGGACUGGCAGAGAGAUCAGGAGCCGGAUACAGACCACGAAGGUUUCUACCAAACCAGCCUGCCCACCAUCAUCACACAGAUGCUGGAGGAGAACGCCCGGGUAGCUCUGAUGAUUGGAGAAUCCCUUCGAGACCAGACCAUACAGAUGGGGCUGUAUGAGAUGGAGAACCUCCUCAACAGGUUUCGGGAAGCACUGGUUGAAUUUGGGAAGGAACAUCGCAGAGAUCCAAGCAACAACAAAACCAAGUUCUACCUCCAUUACCUGCUGGCCUCCAUCAGCAACUGCAUCAUCCUGAAGAAGUCCACAGAGGGGCUGCAGCAGCAGUCGUCCCACUCAGCCAGCCAGUUUUCUCGCACCCCUCCCAACCCCCUGGCAGCUCUGGACAGGGCAGUGCGGCGGGCGUGUCGCCUGGUCAUGGAUCAGCUGAUGCUGGACCUUCAGCCGUUUCUCCCGGGUUUGCUGACCCGACCCUGGCUGGUCCAGGGAGAUCCCACUCCUAAACUAUGCAGCGUGCUGGAACAUCAUCUGGAUCUGUACAGCCGAGUUCGACUGCCCUGCCAGCAGUGCCUGCAGGAGGAGGCCCAGUGGGUGGUGGUGGUGGAGUACGUCAGGGCUCUGAUGCAGAAGAGGCUGGUCUGCCGUAGCAGCGAGGACAGGAGGCAGCUCGCACAGCAGAUGCUUCAGGAUGACCAGCUGUUCAGAGAAACCUUCCACAGCCUGGAAGGAGAGGAGUCAGUGCCUGAGGUGAAUCCAUUGGCCUUGCUCCCUGUCCUGGCUGACUUCAUCCGACUUAAAGACCCCGGCAUGCUCACGCUGGAAGUGUUGGGACUUGCAGCCAAAUACCCCGACAUCAGUGAUGAGCACGUGUCCGUGCUACUCGACAUCCGCGGUGACGUCUCCAGAGACACCAGAGUCUCCGUGCUGGACUUACUGGAGCACAGCGCCCCUCCUCUUCCAGUGGGAUACCGCCCCAUCUUCACCGAUAUCCUGGUGCCCCCAUCCACCAUGGCCUUCUGUCUGCCAACAGCAAACUUUUUCUCAAGUUUCUGCAGUUGAUGCUCCAGAUUUGGCCAAAACCGAGCUGCCCAGUUAAAGCCUGGAUUCAUUCAUAUGUUCAGUCACAUGGAUAACUCAUCGCAAACUUAAGGACUCUGAUAGGAAAAAUGAUUUUUUUUAUUUGAGUAUGCUAGUUGCUAUCCUUCUGUAAUGGUCAGACUCAGUAUUACCUUUCAUGGAUCAUAACUUUUUACAUGCAAUCCCCUUUCCUGAAGUUUUUCUUCAACAAAUUCAGGACAAGAGGGUUUGUUAUUUAAACUAAUGGGGCUUUUUAAACAAAACUCACCUCCUGCAUUUUAUGCCUCAUUCAUUGGUCAUAAUGCAGUGUUUAAUGUUUUGCUGAGUCCCAGAGAAAACGUACUUGUAAGCCUUCAAACUCACCCUGAUUAUGUAAAAAUGGUCAGAAAAUAUCAUUAAAAGGAGUGUUUCACUCAGAAAUGACUUGAGGUGAAAAGUACAAAAUAAACUGAAAAGAAAAAAAUGAGUAAUUUUAUAUUAAAAAUUAUAAAAAGGAUGGAUGAAAGCUGUUUAUCAUUCCUUCAUUUUCUACGCUGCUUACACACCAUCGCAGGAAAGCUGGAGUCUACCCCAGCGAUUAGCAGGUGUACCUGGACAGGUACAGCCAACCCUUCGCAGGACCAUCACAAAGAGACAAACAGCCACUCCGACUUUGGGAGGAUUUAGUGUUUUAUUUAAAGCAUAAUAAUUUAGUUUAGGUUUCUCCUACACGAGCAGCUCUGGCUGCUAAACCAGCAUCAGAAAACUCUGUUUUUAUUUCCCCUUCAGUAACUUAAUCUCAUGUUGUUCUAUUAAAAAUGUAUUUAUUGUAUUUAUGUGAUUUUAUUGUUUCCUUUUAAUAAAUGUCUCUACU